CAACAUUAUUCUUCAGUUCAUCCUCUGGGACAAGCUUCGAUUAAAACAAGGCCAAAAUCAUCAUCUCCAUACACGCUCGUUGGUCCUCUCAAUCGCUAUUCUAUUAUAUCAUUUACGUUCGACAUCUUACCAGAACUGUUCCACUCAUGCCACCACUUCAAGCAACGCCCAUCUUACUUUGGGCCACUUUCCUUUUCAGCAUACAAGUUUCCCUUGCAACUCACUCAUCGAGCCCAAAUUCUCGCGACAGUCAUCACCACGUUGCACGCGCACGCGCCGAUCAAGUUCCCAUCCAAGUUGAUUUACACAGUCGAGGGUUUGAGUCAGCGGAAGGGAAUAGCCCGGUGACUUCUACGCAUCAGAAGCGAGAUGAGCCUAUCAACCCCGGCUUUGACUAUGCUCGGCAAAAAAUACGAGGUGUCAACAUAGGCGGAUGGCUUGUAACGGAGCCGUGGAUUACACCAUCAUUGUACAAUACUGGCAAUAGCAAAAUCAUUGAUGAAUACACAUACUGCGGGCAAUUAGGACGAAGCGAAGCAACGAAACGUUUGCAUGCUCAUUGGGAGUCGUUUUACAAGGAAGGUGAUUUUCAUACGAUCAAGUCAUAUGGUCUCAAUCACGUCCGUAUCCCCAUCGGAUACUGGGCUUUUGACAUCUCAGCCGGAGAGCCUUAUGUUCAAGGACAAUUUGAGUACCUCAAAAAAGGAGUUGAGUGGGCAAGACGAGCAGGUCUUAAGGUCAUGAUUGAUUUGCACGGUGCUCCUGGUUCACAAAAUGGUUUCGACAACUCUGGACGCAAGGGUCCCAUAAACUGGGCUACCGAUCCAAAGAAUCUUGUUCGUACUAAACAGGCACUUGCUAAACUUGCCAAAGAGUUUACUCAACCUAAAUAUGCGGGAACGGUGACCAGCUUGGAAGCACUCAACGAGCCAGCCGGAUUUGCUAACGAUGGUCACAAGACUCUGAACGCCGCGAAACAAUAUUACUAUGACGGCUACACGAUUGUACGACACCCAAACGGUCAAGGUCCCCAAUCCAAUGUACUCUAUGCGAUACAUGAUGCAUUCCAGCCACUUGAUACUUGGUCAACUGCUUUUCCUCAACCAAAGUAUCAAGGACUUGCAUUAGACACGCACAUCUACACUGUCUUUGACACCCCAUCUCUCCAAAAGAAUGAUGACGCCCGCGUGGCUACCUAUUGCGGUAUGGCUUCCGGUUUAGCAAGGAGUAAUUCAGCUAUCUGGACCUUCGUUGGAGAGUUUACACCUGCUCCUACAGAUUGUGCACCCCGUCUUAACGGCCAAGGGACUGGCGCGCGAUAUGAUGGUACCUUCAUGGAUAGCCAACGUCUGGGAUCUUGCCAAGGAAAAUCUGGAUCCGCUAAAAACUUCUCGAAGGAAUACAAGACCAGUCUCGCUCGAUUUUUUGAAGUGCAGACAACAGUUUAUGAAAAAGCUUCAGGUUGGUUUAUGUGGACUUUCAAAGCCGAGAACGCAGAUGAUUGGAGCUAUGACGCUGGUGUGAAGGGUGGUUGGAUACCUCGGGAUCCGGGAUCCAAACCGCAUGGACAUCCAUGUAGUUGAUCAUUUUCUUAAUUUCUGCAUCCGUUUCACUUCCUUCCAAACACCUUUUCAAUAUUUAUCAGUUUUUGUCAUUUCUACACAUGGUACCAUUUUUUUGCAUAACUUAUGAUUUGAUUGUUCAAUCUUUCUCAUAGAUUGUUUUCAUGAGUUUUAUUUACUCUUUAAUCACUACUUGAUUUUUCCUAUGAUCAUCACUUUGGUAGAAAAUUCUAAGCCAUAUCUCACGAAUGAAUGAAAUCCACUGAAAUCCCCUAGUUUAGAAUAAUAAUAGUUUUUUCUACGUGAAAAAGAAAAAAAAUCUGGGUGAUCUGAACACCUC